AUGCGAGUGCCACGCCAUCGACAGAAGGCUCUUUUUUGGAGCCAACUAAAGAAUCGAAAUAAAUUUGAGCAGAAAACUAAAAAAAUCUCAUGGACCACUUGGCGACGCAUUUUAUCCAGAAAUACAGAUGAAUUCUGUCGCAAUACCACCAUUCAUGGCUUAAAGUACAUUAACAACAGCAAAUUACGCAGCAGCGAUAGAUUCUUUUUCGGCAUAGCUCUCCUGGCGGUUCUAUCCUUCGCCAUCUAUCUCAUCCAGGAUGCCUUCGACAAGUGGAACACCACACCGGUGAUUGUGGGCAUCGAUCCGGAGCUGACUUCUAUAACAAACGAACCCUUUCCGGCGGUGACCAUCUGCAACUUAAAUCAAGCUUUGGCUGAAAAAGUCAGCAAUUUGGACAAAAACUCUGUGGAGUUUGCCAUGCUGCAGUCGCUAUGCCGCAGACAAGUGGAUCUUAAAAUGGUCAACGGUAAUUCCUCAAACUGGGAGGAGUUUAUACUGAAUAUUUCUCAACCCUGUAAAUCGAUGGUGAUUGCCUGUCAUUUUGGCGCCGAUGACUAUGAAUGUGCCCGAUUAUUUCAUCCCAUUGUCACCGAUGAGGGUCUCUGCUGUGUUUUCAAUAUGCUUCAACCAAAGUUUAUGUAUAAAAAGAGUGUUCCUCUUUCCCAUCGCAAUAUAACCCUGCCCGUGGGGUUUCACUCAGUGGAUUGGCACGCCGAGUUGGGCUAUCGUAGGCGUGGCUCUCAGACGGAUGAGGGUAUAUCCCUCUAUCCACGUCGCGCCCAGGGCACAGGCGAAUCCCUGGGACUAUCUCUGACCCUUGAUGUCCAGGCGGAUGCCUACUACUGCUCCUCGUCAAGCAGCAUUGGCUUUAAGGUCGCCCUACACAGUCCCAAUGAAUCGCCAAAUGUACGCGAAACCGGCGUCCUGCUGGCGCCGGGAAUGGAGACAAAACUAAGGAUAGAUCCGGCAAAGAUCCUUACGGAGAAGCACCUGCGCUGGGUGGACCGCAAGUACAGGCGGUGUGUGUUUCGAAAUGAGCUAAAGCUCCGCUGGUUCGCCCACUACACGCAGAGGAAUUGCGUGUCGGAAUGCCUAUCCGGUUGGCUGCUCCGCCACUGCGGCUGCGUGACCUACUAUAUGCCGCGACUCAACUGGAAUGACACCACCUGCCCGGUGGGCAAGCUGGAGUGCGUGGAGCUUAUACGUUUUAGGACCAUCGAGGCCAUGGAGUCCUGCCUGGAGCAGUGUCUGCCCUCGUGCUUUGACUUGAACUUUAGCGGGAUUGGUUAUGCCACGAAGAUCUCGCACGAUGGCUUCCGGCAGACGCAUCCCAAUGGUCGCUGGAACUUUACGGAUGCGUAUGUGGAGCGCAGUGUGGCAGUGGUGAAUAUGUACUUCAAGGAGCCGGCCUUUAGGGCCAGCAAGCAGACCGAGUUUAUAGGAUUCUCUGAUUUCCUAUCUUGCGUUGGCGGUUUAAUGGGUCUAUUUUUGGGCUUCAGCUUCCUGUCCAUUGCCGAGUGUGUUUACUUUGCUUUGAUACGUCCCUGCCGCACUUGCUCCGAAAUCAGACAACUUAAUCAACUGAAGGCACAGCCCCUGUCGGGCCAGAUUAGAUAUAUAACACCGGGAAAUUGGUUCCAGGCCGAGUUGGCCCAUCAGCAGCCCAAAAGGCUACAUUUUAAUCCUGCUUAA